AUGACGAACUCCAAGGACAAGGACGAAUUGAAAAUCUUUACACCUAUUGGAAUGCUAGGUUAUGGCUUCAAUGAAGAUCUCUUUUGGAAAGCACUCGAGGAAGGUGUUGAUGCAAUCAUUAUCGACAGUGGUUCAACGGACAGUGGACCACAGAAGCUCGCUCUAGGCCAUACAACUGUGUCCAGAGAGGGCUACGAACACGAUCUCGAUCUUCUUCUCGCUGCCUGUCAUGUACAUCGGGUUCCUGUCCUUAUCGGUUCUGCUGGGGGUGACGGGGCAAAUGAUCAUGUUGAUCUCUUCGUGGAGAUCAUGAGGGAUCUCAUAUCCAAAAAAGGCUAUCGAGCGAUGAAUAUUGUCAGCAUCUACUCAGAAAUCGACAAAAGUUUAGUGAAAUCAAAGCUGGACGAUGGCGACAUUGUUCCCUGCAGCAAAGCGGUACCGCCGCUCAAGUCGUCUGAUAUUGAUGAUACCACACGGAUCGUUGCGCAAAUGGGGUUGGAGCCAUAUGUGAAAGCCAUGGAAGAGAACCCUGACUUUGAUGUCAUCGUUGGGGGUCGUGCAUAUGACCCUUCACCUUACGCUGCAUUUUGUGUCCAUCGUGGCUUUACAGAUCUCGGUAUAGCAUAUCACAUGGGGAAGAUCAUGGAAUGUGGUGCCUUGUGCGCUGUCCCGAAGAGCCAGUCUGCAUUGGCUACUAUACGGAAGGACAGUUUCGAUAUAGUUCCCCUCGAUCCUGCAGCACGUUGCACAGUCACUUCGGUUGCCGCUCACACAUUAUAUGAGAAGACACGGCCAGAUAUUUUGAUUGGGCCGGGUGGAACCCUCUACCUCGAGCAGGCCACUUACGAAGCCCUCGAAGACAAUCGCACUGUUCGUGUGCGUGGGGGCAAGUUCCUCAUGGCAGAUCACUACACAGUAAAGCUGGAAGGAGCUCGAGUGUUAGGAUACCGGACUACCUUCUUUGGCGGUAUCCGGGAUCCUAUCUUGAUCUCACAGCUUGAUGGAAUUUUAGCCCACAUUCAGGGAUAUGUGAGGAGUAGAGUCUCCCACGAGUUCGACCUGAGAUUUCACCAAUAUGGCAAAAAUGCUGUCAUGGGCAAGCUUGAGCCCACGUUAACUAUUCCGACAGAGAUAUGCCUCUGUGGAGAAGUACUCGCUCCUACGCAAGAUCAAGCAACAUAUGUUAGCAAUAUUGCGCGACUCGCCUGUAUCCAUGGGCCCUAUCCACACCAACUGGCGACAGCUGGCAAUUUCGCAAUGCCUUUUCCGCCCUACGAUAUUCCGAUGGGAGAAGUAUGCGAGUUUUCGGUCUAUCAUAUCCUUGAGAAAGUCGAUCCUGUGGAGCUUUUUGGUAUCCACCACCAGCUUUUACCAGGCACUGGAAGCUUCGUGAGAGAAGUUGUGAAAAGUACAGUGAAUGGUAAAUCCAGUACACUGUUGUCGAAGGUAGCUACAACGAUGAUAAAUAGUCUUGAGAAAAGGCCGUUUCUCAACCCCGCUCCUCCAAUGGGACACUGCUAUUUAGGUGAUAUCGCAUCUGUUAUUCGUACCAAAAAUGCUGGGCCCUACGAGCUGACCAUGGAUGUGAUGUUCGAUAACGAUAUUCUCUUCUGGAAGACAAAGGAGAGCGGUGUCCUAUGUCGAGAGUCUAUCUUGGAGCUAUAUGGAGUCCCUCAGGAGGAUAUUCUGGCCUGUCUAUUCUGGGAUCAGGCUCGAGCUUUUAAAGUGACUAUCAGAAGACCUUUUGUGUCUGGUCAAUUUGGGGACAUCGACAUGCAUGGCUCUCAACAACAUGCUCCUCUUUUGUAUAUUAAAGUUCCUAUUGGCAGAGAGUGGAUUGAAGCGAAUAUUAGAUGA